AUGUUCUAUAACAACGAGCGGGUCGUACCAUACUGGUGUGAUGAAGUGAUCAAACUCAUCAAGUACCUUGGCACGGACAAUGUUUUUGUCUCCACAGUCGAAUCCAACAGCGGCGACAAGACCCCAGCCUUGCUGGAAGAAUUCGGCACUAGACUAACUGCGCUCAAGGUCCAGCACCGAAUACUCAAUCACGACACAUCAAUCACGCGUCCGGAAAGUAUGGAUACCAAACCGCCGCGAAUACGAUUUCUUGCUGCGGUCAGGAACAAGGUCUUGGAGCCCUUGGUGGAAAAUGGCGGAUACGAUCGCGUUAUUUUCAGUAAUGAUGUCUUUGUCGAGUCCGAGACGAUCCUUGAGCUCCUUAAGACUCGCGACGGGGACUACGAUAUGGCGUGUGGGAUUGAUCUGUCUUAUUGGGGAAUGUACGAUGCCUGGGUCCUCCGAGACCGGCUUGGGCGCUUAGUGUCAUCGCUAUGGCCCUACUUCCUCGAGGACGCUGGCAUGCAAGCGGUCAUGAAAGACGAGCCGGCGCCUGUCUUUACCUGCUGGAAUGGCAUCGUAUCUUUCCGUCCCGACCCAUUCCUCCCCGUCAGCCUACGUACCUCUGGUCGCCUUUCAACAGCACCUCUCUCGAAUCCUCUUCCCUCGUCCCACCCAUCGUUCGGUCAGCCUGCCGAUCUGUCACCCGCCCAGACACCACCUCUGUCGUUCCGCGCGUCAGUGGAGGGCGAGUGCUUCUCAUCAGAAUCGUUCCUUAUGCCUUAUGACAUGCGUCGUCAAUUCGAGAUGAACAACAUAUACCUUAAUCCGCGAGUGAUCGUCAGCUACGAAUGGAAGUUCUACGUCUGGUACAAGUGGGUACUCAGACACUGGAUGGUGAAGUGGUGGAUAGAGAAUGUGGAGAACGGGAGCAUGAUGCACCUGGCGAAGAUGGUGGUAGGGGAUGCGAAGAAGAUCUGGACCUGGGACGGUGGAGAGUGUCAUCCGCUCUCCCGCAUCCGCGUUGAUCAGGAGAAGGCGGCGGCUCGGUGGCACUGCACUUCUUAA